AGUGACCUUAUUAAAGUCUUAAGUAUGUGUAAGCCCAUUAGCUAUUCCUCUAACAAGUCUCGAUAGAUAUGCAAGAUAUCAAAGUGAGCGUGAACAAAUCAGUAUUAAGCGAACAAAAGCCUAAGAUGUCCCUAUCCCUGUGGUUGACCUUGCGCGGUCAUUUGAGUCACAUUCUCCACGAAGAAACUGCAAGGUAUAUUGCUUAGACAAAAAAUAGAUUCCUUCGUACCAGGAAUGGGCACCGAAACAAGGUAAAAUUAGUUUAACCCCUAGAUUAUUGAUAGAAUGAUCGAUAACAUUCAGAAUAUGCAAAGUUUAACCAAGAAAAGUAACUUUGUUACUUAUCAGAUUCAUAAAAUUUCACCGGGCAAACAAAUCUAUUUUCACAAAGCGCAAUAUUUUAAGAAAGCUAUGGAGAAGUGGAAGGGGCAUGGCUUGGUGAAGGAGAAGCCUAAGUUAAGGAAGACAAUCGGGUUGAAGAGAGAACCAAAGUUUGAUAAGAGUCAUGAAGGAGAUUUUUUAAGAGUUGAAGGAAGAAAUGAGAAGGUGGCAGAAGAGAAAGAGAGGGUGUUGGUGGGGAGGAACAAAACAUUUUACCGUUCAAAUCCAAGGCACUUAAGAGGGAUUUUGAAUCGUUUUAAGAGGAAUAAUUCAGAAGAAGCCAGGAAAGCAAGCAGGAAGGUCCUAGUGACUAAAUCAACAUUAAAAUAAUCCGCCGAUGAGAAUCCAGACUUAUAGCAGCAACCAGAAAAUGAAAUAUGCAAUGGAAGAGAUCAGGCUUGAUGAUGGGCUCAUUACAGCUCAGAGCGUAGAUAAGUCUAUUAACACAGAAGAUCUCAAAGACUUCUUCACAACUAAUCCUUUGGUAAAUUGAGUGAAAGUGAUCGUAUAGCAUCUUCAGGUUAGACCUAAACCUAAGAAAUUAUUAGGGAAGCUGAGCUCUGUCUCAAAGAAGAUUUUUGGAUCUCUUAAUGAUCAACAGACUACUACCGGCUCUAGGAGUAUAGUCUUUAGACAUAGAAUUCCUUCACCGAAAAGUCCAAAUUUA